CGCCCCAAACAAUCCUACUGCACCAAAUUUGCAAUCUCCUCUCGUUUUUGCGUCUUCUGACUUAUAAUUUCAGACCUAUUCUCAGUUUGCUCAUAAUUUCUCACCUUUCAUCUAAUUCGCAAUUCCUCAUCAUUCUCGCGGUGAAGUUGAUAUGUCACGAAGAAAUCAAGUUCCUCAUGACACUUUUGAUCACCGAUAUGGUUAUCGACUGGAACAACCUGUUUCUCGAGGUCAUAUGGCCCGUCCCUUGCCUCCCCAUCCCGCCCUACUAGAGGAAGAGCUUGAAAUACGUCACGUUGAACUCCGCAGGCUUUUGGGUGAUAACCGGAGGAUGGUUGAGGAUCGAGUUACUUUAGAACGAGAGUUAGCUGCCGCAAAGGAAGAGUUGCGCCGAAUGAAUAUUGCCAUUGGUGAUAUGCGUGCCGAACAAGAACUCCAGUCUAGGGAGCUUAUUGAGAGGGGUCGGAAGUUGGAGGCUGACAUUCAUGCGACUGAGCCUCUUAAAAAUGAGGCUGCAAAACUUAGAACAGAGAUUCGGAGAUUGAAUGCAGUGAGGCAGGAUCUAUUGGGUCAGGCUCAGGCCCUCUCUGAAGAACUUGCGAAGCUGAGGUCUGAUAACCAGCAGAUUCCUGUCCUGGGGUCUGAGAUUGAUGGGCUGCAUCAGGAGCUUUUGCGAGCUAGAAGUGCCAUUGAUUAUGAAAAGAAGGCAAAUGUGGAGCUGUUGGAACAAAGACAGGCGAUGGAGAAGAACUUGGUGAGCAUGGCUCGUGAAGUUGAAAAGCUUCGUUCUGAGCUUGCUGUUUCUGGUGCUAGAACAUUGAAUGCAGGUGGACCAUAUGGUUUGAAGUUCAGCAAUCCUGAUGCUACCUACCCUGCCCCUUAUGAUGGAUAUGGGAUUCACCAGGGUGCUCUUGAGAAAGGUUCUAUGUAUGGUUCAAGUUCUACAUCAUGGGGAGGACAUGAAAAGACAAAGAGGAGUCGUCGUUGAUGUAUGUGUAGAUUAUGCACUAGACCAUAUAGGGCACACCUUGCGAGUCUUGUUUGUCUGCUGCCCAGUAGGGUGAAGGGCAAGACCGUGUGAUUAUGUGCGUAUUACACCCUACUGGAAAGCGUUUACCAAUUUUGGCAGAGGUAAAAUGAGUGGAUCAGGUAACAGUAUUUCUGAAUCUAGGUUUUUCCAAUAUUAUAGGGGUGCGGAGCUCAAUAGGAUUGUUUGAAUUUACGGUUUUCGAGAUCCAAAGGCUUCUGUUUUUCAAAAUAUAAAUCCUCUGGUUCAGUCAGUAGAUAUUUUAUCUGGAAUUUGACAGAAGUUCAAGAGAAUUAUAACCCUCACAAGUCACAAUAGAAGAUUAUGUCAUUAAACUGCCUGUGAGCUUUCUAUUUUUAUGACACGAUCAUAUUGAUGAUUAGGAUUUAACAGUAGGAACAAAUAUGAAUGAGCAUUUAUAAUUUUGAAAGAUACAUCUCUCUCUCUCUAUGAUGAAGAAUGUUUUGACCCUGUUAUCAAUUUUUAUUUGUCUGUGUACUCAGUUUCGGAUCCAACAUCCUUUCAACAGUCUUAGCGUUCUUUUUCUUGGAAUUGGUUUACAUUUUAUGGUCAAUUGUGUUAUUUACGCUGUUGCACUUGUGUGUGUGUCUGUGCCUGUGUUAGUGAAAGCUUCUUCUAUAUCAUGUUUCU